AUUAUAUCAUGUGAUUACCUGCCCAUAAUGUUAGGUGACUUGUGGCCAGGUCUGUGAUAAGUGGCUGAGUUUCAUGAUUUGUGGCCAGGUCUGUGAUAAGUGGCUGAGUUUCAUGAUUUGUGGCCAGGUCUGUGAUAAGUGGCUGAGUUUCAUGAUUUGUGGCCAGGUCUGUGAUAAGUGGCUGAGUUUCAUGAUUUGUGGCCAGGUCUGUGAUAAGUGGCUGAGUUUCAUGAUUUGUGGCCAGGUCUGUGAUAAGUGGCUGAGUUUCAUGAUUUGUGGCCAGGUCUGUGAUAAGUGGCUGAGUUUCAUGAUUUGUGGCCAGGUCUGUGAUAAGUGGCUGAGUUUCAUGAUUUGUGGCCAGGUCUGUGAUAAGUGGCUGAGUUUCAUGAUUUGUGGCCAGGUCUGUGAUAAGUGGCUGAGUUUCAUGAUUUGUGGCCAGGUCUGUGAUAAGUGGCUGAGUUUCAUGAUUUGUGGCCAGGUCUGUGAUAAGUGGCUGAGUUUCAUGAUUUGUGGCCAGGUCUGUGAUAAGUGGCUGAGUUUCAUGAUUUGUGGCCAGGUCUGUGAUAAGUGGCUGAGUUUCAUGAUUUGUGGCCAGGUCUGUGAUAAGUGGCUGAGUUUCAUGAUUUGUGGCCAGGUCUGUGAUAAGUGGCUGAGUUUCAUGAUUUGUGGCCAGGUCUGUGAUAAGUGGCUGAGUUUCAUGAUUUGUGGCCAGGUCUGUGAUAAGUGGCUGAGUUUCAUGAUUUGUGGCCAGGUCUGUGAUAAGUGGCUGAGUUUCAUGAUUUGUGGCCAGGUCUGUGAUAAGUGGCUGAGUUUCAUGAUUUGUGGCCAGGUCUGUGAUAAGUGGCUGAGUUUCAUGAUUUGUGGCCAGGUCUGUGAUAAGUGGCUGAGUUUCAUGAUUUGUGGCCCGGUCUGUCUUAUAACGUGUGGUCGUAUGCUAACUUAUAACGUGUGGUCGUAUUCUAACUUAUAACGUGUGGUCGUAUGCUAACUUAUAACGUGUGGUCGUAUGCUUACUUAUA